CAGGGCCCCGGUUCCCCUCAGCCCCGCGGCCCGCUCCCCCUCAGCGCGGCCGGCCUCGGUGUCUCCUCCGCACCGGGGCCCCGGUUCCCUGCGGCCGGGGCUCCCACCGGCGGCGCGGCCGGCCCCCGGGCUCAGUCCCCCGCGGGGGCCGGGGGUGUCCGGGCCGGCGGGAGAGCUGCCGGCCGGAGCGGAGCCCUGGCUCGGGGCGGUGCAGCCCAGGCCGGCGUUGCUGCCCAGCGCUGCCGGGCCGUGUCCCAGCAAGUCUGGUGGGGUCGUUUGGUUUCCUCGAGAGCUGCAUUUCCUUCAGCCCGUGGAAAUGGAGCGGUGUGGUGUGAAGGUGGAGACGUGGGGGUGGCGAGAAGUGACAACAUGGGGGCUGCCAACGUUGGAGGGAAUUCUGGUUCGAGGAUUGACUUCUUUCUUUCUCUUUAAUGAUUGCAGCAAGCGCUAGCAGCACAGGCCUUUGUCAUUUCCCAACAAAACUUCAGAACUAAGUCAGUUGUGCCACUGCCAACGUCCUCAGUUACCCUUAACCAGCUGGUGAAAUCCAUAUCUGGGCAGCUGGGGCAGACCUGUUCUGAUGCAAUGGGAACUAUGCCAUGAGGACUGGUAAGACUUGGCCAUAGCCAUGACAGAACCCCACAGGGUUUCGUUCACCACUCUCCAUGGUCCACUGAGCAGCAGCUUCUUGAAAAGGUCUCGGAAAGAUGAUGGAGAGCAGCCCCAGGACUCUGAACCAGCUGCAACAGCUGUUCGAAUCACACUUACUCUCUUUGAGCCGGAUCACAAGCGUUGUCCAGAAUUUUUCUACCCUGAUCUUCUGAAGAGCUGUCGAGCGAAAGUAAAAGGUGGUUCUUCAGGAGACAAGAAGGAAGACCCUGCUGAUGCCUUUAAUGAUGAUGAAAAUGAAAGACAUGAAGUGGAGGCUCUUGCUAGGAAGUUUGAAGAAAAAUAUGGUGGCAAGAGACGCAGAAAGGACCGUAUUCAGGACUUGAUUGAUAUGGGGUAUGGAUACGACGAAUCUGACUCCUUCAUCGAUAACUCUGAAGCAUAUGAUGAGUUUGUUCCGGCUUCUCUUACUACGAAGUAUGGAGGGUUUUACAUCAACUCAGGAAUACUAGAAUUUCGGUCAGCAUCUGAAUCUGAAGAUGACUAUUUUAAAGAGAUGAAGAAGUGUCCCAAGAAGCGGAAGUUGAAAGAUGGAGGUGAAAAAAUGAAGAAGAAGAAGAAAGAUGAUUCUUAUGACAAGGAGAAGAAAUCCAAAAAGUCCAAGUUUCCAAAAGCUGGUUUUAUGGCAUUAAAUGCAAGUAAGGAGAAGAAGAAGAAGAAAUACUCUGGCGCUCUUAGUGUAAAGGAGAUGCUGAAGAAGUUUCAGAAGGAGAAGGAUGCUCAGAAGAAAAAAGAUGAGGAGCAGAAAGUGGCAACUCCUUCACCAGCAGAACCUCCAGCCCCAAGGGAGGCGGAGGCGAUGCCCGACCCUUUGCUCUCGCUGUUCGGCCACGCCAGUGAUAACGACCUGCUUCAGGCAGCGACGGCUAUGGACUCGUUAACUGACCUGGACCUGGAGCGGCUCCUCAGUGAAUCCCCAGAAGGGAGUCCCUUUCCUGAUGUGGAGGAUGGGAGCGACCCUGUUGGGAUGGGCUUGGAGCAGGAUUUCAAGCAGCCGCCAUCCCUCCCAGGAGGCCUGCCUGCCCUGUGCACUUCAGCUGCCAGAAAGAACUGCAGAAUACACGAGACUGCUAGAACCCCUGCCCGGUCCCUGGUCAGCGCUGUGUUUGUCUUGUUCUUCAGCAUAGAGCUGCAGACCCGGGAGCUGAACAGCCAGAUCCGGUCAGGGGUGUACGCCCACCUGGCUGCUUUCUUCCCGUGCAGUAAGGACACUCUGGUCAAGCGUGCCCGUAAGCUUUACCUCUAUGAGCAGGGUGGCCGAUUGAAGGAACCUCUACAGAAGCUAAAGGAAGCCAUUGGAAGGGCCAUGCCAGAGCAGAUGGCCAAGUACCAGGAGGAAUUCCAAGCCCAUACUCAGGCCAAGUUUGCCAAGGAGCUGCUUUGCCACUUGGUGAAGAUUAAGUUGGAUGGUUAUAACCUUGACAAGAAUAAGGCUAAGUCUCUAGAGGAUUAUGUGAAGACCUUCCUAGAUGGAGAGGUGAAGCCCCUUUGGCCAAAAGGCUGGAUGCAGGCCAGAUUUCGACUGGGUGUGGGACGACCUGAAUAAGUCGACGGCCACCCUGCUGAGCUGCGACAACCGCAAGGUGAACUUCCACAUGGAGUACAGCUGCGGCACCGCCGCCAUCCGGGGCAACAAAGAGCUGGCAGACGGGCAGCACUUCUGGGAGAUCAAGAUGACCUCCCCGGUCUACGGCACGGACAUGGUACGUGGGGCAGAGUUGCUUAUGGGCACACAGAAAUGUCCAACAUUCUUUGCACAGGACAGCAGGCUUUUCCUGCAAUUCAGCUGGGUCCCUUCAGUUAGGAAAGGAAAUUAGAGCUGGGAGUCUUCAACUCUAGCCUCAAACCUCUGACUUGUCUUCACCAAAACCUCUGGUUGUUUUGGACUGUGCCAAGAAAAGGAAGGGAGAGCCGGAGGUGGAGUCAGGGUUGUGUUUUGUUGCUUGAAAUGGCGCUAAACUUGUGUUUUUGUGUUGCUGUUUUGAAAGAGCAUUUACCUGAGUUGAGGUAUUGGUGAUCUUUCUCGAGUUCCCAGUGACUUCACUUGCU